AUGCUGAACUUUUCUGGACAGACGAAGCGCCGAAAUGUCAACUUAGGCAGCAAAACGAGUAGAACAAAACAAGACCUUUUGAAUGAUGCCAAAAAAGAGCGGGAAAAGAGGGCCUUGAACCGCAGAAAUGAGGAAAACGCUAUUAUGAUUCAGCGAUGCUUUCGGAGAUAUCUCAGUAAUGAAACGUUGAUACAGGCUCUUUCGCAAGAUGUGACUCCCGAAAAAGCAGCGCAGCUGCUCGCGGCCUUCCCAAAGGCACUGUUGCAGUUUCUACCAGAACCUGAGCUAAUAAAAAUCUUGGAUAGUGUGGUGAACGAUGGGAGUCACCCUGCGAUCAAUCGAGGCCUGAUCAAGAUGGUCUCAAACUUGGCAACAAAACCUCGAAGCCAAGAUUUGUUUUUAACAAUCUGGAACAAAUACGCUGGUGAAUUCCCACCAGAUCCUAACUUCGUGGUAGCGCUAUUAAAAAUGCUCUCUGAGGCAUCGUACAUCAUACCCGAUAUGGCGCUACAGAAACUGGUAGAGCUCAUUGGUGGCUCGGGGCUUCCUCAAACAAGUUUGAUAUCAAGCAUUUUUGGAAUCUCUAUGAGUGAUGCGCAAAAACCACACAAUGUUGAGAAAUUCCUAUAUUACUUGGGCUCUUUAUGUUCUCCAAGAAAUAUUUCACCCAUGGAAGCCACGCCCGAUCUGAUUGAAAACCUUUCCUAUUUGUUUGUGUCUCUGAACAACAAUAAUCGCGGCCUGUACGGCCAGAUCGUUUUGCGUUGUUUGAAAAACGUUGACUUGAACAGUAUGAAAGAGAAACCUUUUUUCAAGCAGCUCUACACAAAGGACUUUGUGGGCACGAUAAUGCAAAAUGGUUUUGAUGAUCUUUUUGAAGCUUUGUCUGUGUUCAUAAGCCAAGCUCCCAACGCGGAAUGCAAAACAAAUGUUCUGAUCAAUUUAGUCGCUAGGCCCGAAUUCAUGGUCCAAGCGCAUAAGAAAUUUUUUGGCAAUUCUCCUCACCAGGUGCCACCAAGAGCCGAAGGCCUUUUACUCAUGGAAGUUCUCAAUAUUUACCUUUCGAUAGCCAGUGAUCAUGAACUUGUGCAUAAUCAAACGACUUAUCCACUUCAUUUUCUGAAAGAAACAACUGACUAUUUGAGGAAACUAUGCUUUCACAGCCUAUGGAACUCGAAUGAUCAAAAUUGGACGCUGUCGGGGUCAUUUUUGAACACGCUUAAAAAGAUACAUCUCCGCGAUUCCAGACUUCAUCUUUUCUCUAGAAACAAGAAUCCAGAUUACUGGAGUAUGGCGGACUCGGAGUUUUCGAACGUCAACAUCACGAAAUACAUUGAAGAAUACGAGCAGUUUUAUCGAGACCAUGUAACUAGUUUGCAAACUGAAGAUGAGGAUCUGGAUGACGCAGAGGUCUUCAAGAAGAAAAGAGAUCUUCGCUUCGAGUUUCUUGCCGGAGUUGAAAAGUCGUUUGCAAAUCGAGCAACUACGCGGCAGUUUAAGAAGCUCAACAUUCUUUUCCGGGUGCCCUUUUUCAUACCUUUCCAACAAAGAGUUGACUGGUUAUAUUUUCUCAUUUCUCUGGAUCGCAAAAGACUUGACAUUGACGCUAACAGCCUUUCGCCCAUGAUAUCUUUCUGGAGUGCAAAUCCUAUGGCUGCGAAACAAACUGCUACAAUCUCCAGAGAAAACGUUCUGGAAGACGCCUUCAAUGCUUUCAAUCCAAUUGGUGAGAGCUUCAAAUCAAAGCUCUCUGUCACCUUUGUAAAUGAGUUUGGACCCGAAGCUGGGAUUGAUGGUGGCGGUAUAACCAAAGAGUUUCUCACUAGUGUUUCCGACGAAGGCUUCAAGACCGACAAACACAGGCUGUUCGAGCACAAUGACAGCCAUGAAAUUUAUCCCUCGGGAAAACUGAAGUCCGCGCAGAGCCUUCGAUACCUUUGGUUUUUGGGCAAAGUACUGGGGAAAUGCCUGUAUGACCACGUUCUUGUGGAUGUGACGUUUGCCGAUUUUUUCCUGAAGAAAGUGCUGAAUGUGAACAAUUUUAACUCUUCUUUUGAUGAUCUUUCCAGCUUUGAUUCUUCCUUGUAUACAAACGUUGCAAAGCUUCUCAACAUGAGCUCCUCUGAAUUACAGGCUUUGGGAUUGCGAUUCGAGACUACCGACGAAGAAACCCUCCAAACCGUGGAACUUGUGCCCAAUGGGUCUCACAAGGUUGUGGACAAAACCAACACCCUUCAGUAUCUUCUGGCGCUAGCGGACUACAAACUCAACUGGAAACUACGCUCCGGAACUAGGUCCUUCACUGGCGGUCUAUACACUAUGAUUGCACCCCAUUGGCUCGAAAUGUUCAAUUCCAUCGAGCUUCAAAUGCUAAUCUCCGGUGGCGGAAAGGACAUAGAUCUCUCAGAUCUGCGUAAGCAUACAGAGUACGGUGAAUUCUCGGAUCAAGACCAGACGAUUCAAGACUUUUGGUCUAUUAUGGCUGAGUUCGAGCCCAAAGAUCGACUAAAUCUCGUCAAAUUUGUCACUUCUGUACCCAGAGCACCAUUACAAGGGUUUAGCUCGCUCAACCCAUUAUUUGGGAUACGCAAUGCAGGCCCAGACGUUUCCAGACUUCCCACUGCGUCCACUUGCGUAAAUCUGCUUAAGUUGCCGAAUUAUCAAAAUCGUCAAAUCCUGAAAAGUAAGCUACUUUACGCCAUAAACGCCGAGGCCCGCUUUGAUCUUUCGUGA